AAAGUUGAGGAGAAAGAAGCAGCAGGAUGGGAACAUUUGGCUUUAAAUGCAAGGAAUAACUGGAAAUGAUAUGUUGCUGAGGUGGCUGGGGGGAACAACAAAAUGCUUCAAGCUCUGACUCUGGUUCUGGGAGCUGUGUGAGCAGGAACUGAUGGAGAUGAGAGUCAGGGCUCUUUCAGUAAGAAGUGAUCCCCACAGGAGACUGAUCUAUGAAAUGGCAGAGAAUGGCACAGACUGUGACCAGAGGCGCAUAAGAAUGAGCAAAGAGCAGCACAAUGGCAACUUCACAGAUUCCUCGAUGUUGAGUGAGCGGAAGCGAAGGGAGCGAGAGGAGAGGUUGAAUAUUGUACUGUGGAAAAAACCGCUUGUUACCUUGCAGUAUUUUUGCCUGGAAACUCUAAUAAACUUGAAGGAAUGGACCAUAAAAUUGUGGCGGCGGCGAGGGGCGCUGGUGUGUGUGUUGCUGGCCCUGGCAGUGCUCACAGCCAUGUACUACAUCGAGGGAACACACCAGCAGUAUGUGCGGUACAUGGAGAAGAAGUUCUUCUGGUGUGCCUACUGGGUAGGAUUGGGCAUUCUCUCCUCUGUUGGGCUUGGAACAGGUCUCCACACGUUUCUACUCUACUUGGGUCCACACAUAGCCUCAGUCACUCUUGCUGCCUAUGAAUGUAACUCUGUGAAUUUUCCUGAGCCUCCUUACCCUGAUCAAAUUAUCUGCCCUGAUGAGGAGACAACUGAAGGCUCCAUCUCCUUGUGGGCAAUCAUCUCAAAAGUCAGGCUGGAGGCCUGCAUGUGGGGUGCUGGUACAGCCAUUGGAGAGCUGCCCCCAUAUUUCAUGGCGAGGGCAGCCCGGCUGUCAGGUGCUGAACCUGAUGAUGAGGAGUACCAGGAAUUCGAGGAGAUGCUGGAACACGCAGAGACUGCACAAGACUUUGCUUCCCGGGCCAAGCUGGCCGUGCAGAACCUGGUGCAGAAGGUUGGGUUCUUUGGGAUCCUGGCCUGUGCCUCGAUCCCAAACCCCCUGUUUGACCUGGCUGGGAUAACUUGUGGCCACUUUCUGGUUCCCUUCUGGACUUUCUUCGGUGCAACCUUGAUUGGAAAAGCCGUGAUUAAAAUGCACAUCCAGAAACUCUUUGUUAUCAUCACCUUCAGCAAACACAUCGUGGAGCAGAUGGUGGCCCUCAUCGGUCACUCUUCAGGGCUCCCAAGAAUUACGUGAGGAAGAACGGAAAUCUGCGAAUGUCGCCGGUGUUGGGAGGUGGCUGGAGCGCAGUGCCCGAGCUGAGACCCCUCCGAGCCCCGGAAUCCUUUGGGCUUUGGGCCACGGACACAUCUGGGCUCAGAUAAAUGCAUCAGGGACGUGCUUUGGCCUCCACAGGGUUCUUGUUGGGGGUUGUUUUUUUUUUUUCCCAGAAUUUUUACCAGUCCGGGCACAGAAUUUCCUCACCCGGUGGUGAAUCACGGGGGAAACGACCUUUUGCUGGGAAAUGGGUUCAAAGAUCCUCCUUUGCCCCUGGCCAUGGAGGAAAGAAAUAGAUUUACUGGAGGACAAUGAGACACUUUGUUUCGUGCUGUUCAUAAAUUCCUAAAAUUAGAAAGUUGUUAUUUUUUAAUUGGGCUUCGGCCUGGAAACGGGAAUGUGGUGUCAGAUCAGGAGGGGAAUGGUCUGAGCCGUGGAGGGACGUGGACAAUUGUACAACUCCUUGUACACCUGGUGGAUUCGGGGCUGGAGCCUUUCACUGACCCCUCCCUGCAGCAGCAGUGGGUUUGAUAAAACCAAAUAACCAAAAUUUAGGUGAGGUUUUGUAAUGUAGAAGACCACGUGUAUGAUAAUGUGUAAUGUAGAUUUCUUUAAAAUUAAACAAAAAUCAGAAUAUCCUUUCCCUUUGCAAUGCAAAUGGUGAGUGAUGAGAACUGGAUGGGCUGGAUCCAACUUUGGUAAUGUUCUCCCCACACAACUCAGGCCAUGGGGUUGCUGAUGAUGAUUUGGAAUUUAUAUCUGAUUUUUGGGAGCUUUAUAAUAUGGAAGAACACAGUGAUUUCUUUAAAAUUAAACAAAACUCAGAAUCUCCCUUCUCUUUUCAAUUUGAGAGGUCAGUGAUGAGAACUGGAGUUAGGAUGGGCUGGAUCCAACUUUGGGAAUGUUCACAGCUCAGGCCACGGGGUUGCUGCUGAUCAUUUAGAAUUUAUAUUUUAAUUCUGGGGAGGUUUUGAAGGGUUGUGACCAUUCUGAAGGGUUUGGGGUCUGCUGCUGAGCAGGAUUGAAGGAGAAGCUGCUGGAGGCUGGGGAGAC